CAAAUGUGAGGGCGCUGUGUGGCAAAUGUUUACAAUUUUCUGAUGGUGCGCGAUUUUGCAAGAAAAAGUGAUUUCACACAUAAAUGGAGCUCUUUCAGACAACCAAGCACUAUAUUUUCGUGAGGAAGGACCGAAGUCUCUGGUGGAAUCGCCAAACGGGCGAGUUCAAGGCGGAAAAUGGGUGUGACCUAUCCGCCGUGGAUGACAUCGAGUGCCUGGGGCUGACACCAGGAAUCGUGGGGGCGCUGCAAUUGCCCGGUGUCCUCGAGCCUCACUUAAUGAUUAUCAGGGAGGCCACCCCAGUGGGCGUUAUUUAUCCGCCCAAUAUUGUGUACAAGAUUAAAUCGGUGCUGCUGCUUAAUGCUGAAGAACCGGAAGCCAUCCUAUCGCCCUGUUCGCGCCAUAGCACUGUAAAGGAAGUGCCCCGGUCUAAUGUUCUCCUGGAGAGCUCCCAGUUAAUGAACAAGACAUGGGGUGCCAUGAAGAGUGCCAGCAGUACUAUUAAGAGCUCGACUCAGCACGCCGCUCUUCUUGCCUCCACUCAAGUCAAGUCCUCAGUGGGCAUAAAAGAUACUGGCCGGAUUGAAAGAAAGGUUACUGAAGAGCUCCACAGGAUGUUUGACGAUUCCGACAGCUUCUAUUACUGUUCUGAAGCUGACAUCACGCAGAGUCUCCAGCGUCGAGGGUGUGGGGAGGAUGAUGAGAGAUUCUUCUGGAACAAACACAUGCUCUCAGAUAUUCUGAAACUAUCGGACAAAUUCUGGGCCUUGCCGAUAAUCCAGGGAUUUGUUCAAGUGGAGCAUUGCGUCAUGGAAAAGGAGUGCUUCACGCUCUCCCUCAUCUCCAGGAGGUCACGCUUUCGUGCUGGAACGAGGUACAAACGCCGCGGUGUCGAUGAGCAAGGUUACUGUGCGAAUUACGUGGAAACUGAGCAGAUUCUCUCAUUCGGACCUCAUCAAAUGUCUUUCGUCCAGAUCCGUGGAUCUGUGCCAAUCUACUGGACGCAGCCGGGUUUUAAGUACCGCCCUCCGCCCAGAAUAAACAGGGGUGAGAUUAUUGACAAAACGAAAGUGAAUCCCAUUAGUGUCAAUUUGUAUUUCAUUAAUUUCCUUGUAGAUGCUGCAGAAACACAAAUUGCAUUUGAAAAGCACUUCACUCGAGAGCUGCAGAUUUACCGGUCUAUUUGUAUAAUCAACCUAAUCGAUCAGGCUGGAAAGGAGAAGAUUGUUGGCGACGCAUAUGCACGGCACACAAUGAAGUACAACAAUGAGAAUGUGGCAUAUUGCGUGUUUGACUUCCACAAUAUCUGCCGCGGCAUGCGAUAUGAGAAUGUGACAAUUCUCACGGACGCCCUGGCGGGUGAGAUAAAUUCCAUGGGAUUCCACUGGUGUGACGCUAAAGGCACCAUUUGUGAUCAGAAAGCAAUAUUUCGUGUCAAUUGUAUGGACUGCUUGGAUCGCACGAAUGUCGUGCAGACGGCUCUUGCCAAGGUAGCACUGGAGUCGCAGCUGAUAAAGUUGGGCAUUGUGUCACCGUGCACCGCCAUUCCUGACCGCCUCAGGGAAUCCUUUAUGGUACUGUGGGCGAACAAUGGGGACAUUAUAAGUCGCCAAUACGCCGGUACGAAUGCCCUUAAGGGUGACUUUACGCGGACUGGAGAGAGGAAAUUCGCUGGAAUCAUGAGGGAUGGCAUGAAUUCCGCAAAUAGAUACUAUUUAGCUCAGUUUCGUGAUACUUAUCGUCAGGCGACGAUAGAUCUGAUGCUGGGUAAUCAGAUUUCUGAUGAGUUAUUAACUGCACUAGGCGGACAACAGGCAAUAGACGAGAGUGAUGCUAUCGAGGCAGCAGAGCAUGCUCGACUUCUCGUGGAAGACUGUCGCUUGAUAAUGUUGGGUGCUACUCAGUGUCCGAUAGGCGCUUGGGGCUUAAUAAAUGCAGACCCACGCACUGGAGAUCCCAAUGAAACGGAACUGGAUACAAUUCUCUUACUUGCCGACGAUUGCUUCAUGGUGGCCGAGUAUGAUUCUCAUCUUGACAAGAUAGUCAAUUUUGAUAGAGUUGCUCUCAGUGAAAUUGAGAUGAUAGAGUGUGGAUUGCUGCAGCAAACCAAACUCUUUCAGGGUAACGUGGCAGCUCAUCCUUGCAUCAGGAUCAAUUGUUUGAAGGCUGGCAAGAAAGAUUGCUUCAUGCUUCGUUCAUCCAAUAUUAGAUUCUUCAACAACACAGCCAGCAUUAUUAAAACAAAUGAGGAGAUGGCAGAGUCUCUUAAUGCCAUUGUGGAGUUCUUCCGGAUCGCCUUGGAGAGUUGUGGUAGAUCUGAUGUGCCAUUUAUCUGUGGUGGAGUAUUGCAGAGGCGCAAGAGCCGCACAACAGUCUUGGAUGUGCCCAAAGGGGUUCCUAGAAAUCUCAGUGAGUCGCAAUUGGUGCAAUUUGGCUCCAAAGCACUGAGUAAUGUCGCCGGACAGUUUUCCAAACUGGGACAGACUCUGAAUUCAACAAAGAGCAAAGGCAGGAAUGCAAAAAGCGCCGCCUCUGUUUUCCACACAACAGCCAAGGGGGGCGUAAAGGAGAAGUGUCGCAUUCAGCCUGGGGAGACUAGUUCAGAGUCCGAUGAGAAUGAUUGCAGCAUCUACGAACCGAAUACCAAUGAAUAUGUUCAGACGAAUCCUCUAUAUUCGGAGAAUGUUUUCCUUCCCAGUGUGGGAAUUGUCAUGUCAGAGCCAACGAAUAUAGAACAAGCCGUUGAGUGUGUGGAGACGAGCAAGGAGAUUCCCACAAUCAAUGUGAAUGCAUCAAAGGAUGACUCAACGAGUGAUGGACAAAUAUCAGCCAGUGAUAAACCAAAUGCAAUGAAAUUGAGCCAAAGUUCCAGUGAAAUUGGUGCUGCUGCCACAGUUGACGGUGUUCCAAAAGCGCAGAAGGAUCUCUCGCUCAAUUUGAGUGGUUCUCACAGUGAAACGACUCUCAGACAAUUGAAGACAUUAACAAGUCCACUCUCAAAGUUGGCAAAAGGAAUGCAAAAUCUUGGCAUAGCUUUUGAUCCACGCAAGAAAGUUAAUAAGAGUGAUUUGCAAGAUAUUCCAUCCGAGUAUGCAAGGAAUUUGCAGAAGGAGUGGGAGAAUGGCAAUUGCAAGAGUAAACUAGUAGCUUUAUAGAUUUAUAGAAAGCAAAUAGAAGAAAAUAAGAAGAAAGCUGAUCCCAGAUAAGAACGUAGCACAAGCAGAACAACGUAACACACGCUAAAUAGUGAUUUACAAAUCGAUGCAUUGAACAAUUCCUUAUGAGAUUAGUUGAAUUUUUGGCGUAGAGAAACCGCUAGAAGAAUAUUCAAUUGAUAUAUACCAUAUUAUAUACCUUUUAGAUGAAAAAGAAAUGUGGUAAUUUGUUCAAUUAUCUUACAUAGUUGGGGAUAGUGAGAAGAACUAUACAUAUUUGGAGCAAUUUUAUUGACUGAACAUCAGUAAAUUGUGUAGAUGAAAAGACACAUUGUUAAACCAGAAAUUUUUGGGAAGUUUUCAAUGGUAUUACGAGGACCAAAGAUUAUGCAUAGUAAAAGGUUCUUAACUUUUAUCGAUAUAAAAAUGUGAAUUACAUUGGCUAGGUUUUUAGAACGACUAGAAAAGUGUAUCAAGCAAGGGUUGAUGUGAGUGUAUAUCAGUAUUUUGGAUUGAAGGUGAAAGCAAUUGUGUGUAGAUGAUAUUUAAUUUAUUAAGUGUUUCUAUUGAAUAUUUUUAUCUAAUUUCCAUCAAUUGCCGUGUAUACCUAAUAAUGGGACGCUCUUGGAGAAAAUAUUUAUCAUGAAUAUUUAACUAAUAGUCGCUUCAUGCUAUUCCAGUAAUUAUUUCUGAUCCAAAUUGAUCAACCCUUUCUCUCAAAUGUUAAGUAUGGGGUGAAUUUGUGGGGGUAUUCAGUGCAGCCUUUUGUGUAAUUGUGUACUUGAGCAAAUGUCCUACAAAUGGCUGUGCACUAACUUAGCCGAACAAUAAUAUAAAUGAGUGAAAUGGAUUGAAAAGGAUGGAUUUAAUCCAAUAGCAAUAAAUUCAUAUUUAUUAAAUUAAGCUCAAAUAUUGGAUAUAUAAAAUAUUGUGUGACAACUUCCAAUAUGGUUUUCUAAAAGCGCCAAGCAAUACAGUUUAUAUGUAUUACAUACUUUGUGCUAUUUAAGUGAAUUUAACUAAAGUACAAUUAUUUAUAAUUUAGUAGGUUUAUAAAGGUUGUUGAAAAUGCACAAUUUUGAUUGCACUUGUUAUUUGGCAAAAAUUAAUCAACACGAUUUUAUCCCAUAAAGUUUCCAAAGUGCUGCUCUGAAUACCCUUAAUUAAAUGAUAAACCGGCAAAACAGGAUAUGAUUUUAAGCAUGAAGAGGAAAGAACAGAGAAAAAAAUCAUGUAGAAAUCAGCAUC